CGAAACAUGUCUUUAGAGUUGAGAUACUUCCGAAAAUGGAAAAUCAUGACUCCAGCGGUUAAGGUGGUAUAUUGAUGGACGCCCUGUUAUGAAGAACUUGAUGCCUCCCGGAACUAGGCGUAUCGAAGACUGGACCGUUUUGCUUAACAUAGCCAUGGGUGGCAAUGUCUGUCAAGGGAAGAACCCAAGGGACGGCGCAUACGAUAUGGUCGUGCACGAUCUACAUAUGAGCGAGGCACCAGAUGGCGGGUGGCCAAGGUUUGAUAGUGACUGGCAGCAUUGUCCUGAUGGUGCCGUGAUGUGAUAUUUCUAACUUUCAAGCGAAAUUCACAGGAUUUUAGUAUUGGGAGAUCACCGAAUCAUCAUUACUGUCUAUGUCACUGGUAUUAUAACUGCUCCGAAUGAUGCGAUCAAGUCAGGUAGUUCUGCGGCCACCAACAAUGCAGGAUUGUGGCACCUAUCGACUCUUCCGUUGCUCGGAGUGAUCUCAGCUCCGGUAAAGACUUAAGGCAUACCCAACCAUACAAGGGUGA